AUGUUGCUGCACAUUUUCGUCAGGAUAUGGUUUAUUGUCGUUUUCAUACGGCAAAACGUUAACUGUGCGCAUUAUAGCUAUGAGGAUCGUAGGGAUUCCGCUUCACACGCAUCUGUCCGGCAUCAGAACUGGCAGAGACUUGAAAUGAUGGACAGGAAUGGCUUGUACUGGCUCGAGUGGCAGAUCAAGGAAAAUUAUAUUUACUUUAAGGUAACUGUAAAUACGCGUGGCUUUAUUGGCCUUGGAUUUUCACAAAAAGACGGCCGCAUGUACAGUGCGGAUAUGGUAUUGUUAUGGGUCGACGAUGAGACUGGAAAAGCAAACGCACUCGAUUGUCAUGGCUCAAUACAACAUGCGCAUGGAGCACCUAUACAGGAUGAUACGCAAAACUACAACGUUAUCGAUGGCCACCAAAAUGACACGCAUACUUUUGUCGCAUUUAAGCGUCUGCUUGAAACGUGUGAUCCCUACGAUAUUCCAUUGGGCCAUGACACAAUUAAAGUUUUGUGGUCUUUCGGCAAAAUCGAUCCGAUACAUGGUAAUUUAGAGGGACAUGGUCAGAAUCGUGGUGCUAAGCCACUGCUUUUAAUGAAUCCAGUUUUUCGAAAACAAAAUAAGACAAACAAUCCGGUUACUCACCAGUGGGACAUUGUUGUGAGUAAUGUGACGCUUGAGCCUUCGAUGGAUACUCUCUAUUGGUGUAAAAUAAUAAGAGCUCCUAUUCUGCAUCGAAAACACCAUAUAAUUGGUUAUGAGCCACUUUUAACCCAUGUUUCGUGAGUAGCGCAUAUAAACCUCGUAAGUCUACUUUAUGUAAAUAAAUACAUUAUAUACAGUACAGCGGAUGAUACAGUUGUCCAUCAUAUGACUCUUUUUGAAUGCUCCGCGAAAUCAUAUCCUGGUUCAGAUUCCGAGUCGUGGGACGUUUGGGUAAGAAGUACUGGCACUGUAUGCAACAGCAACUCGUUGACGCCCCGGGAUUGGGAUUCUUGUUCCACACCAGUGGCCGUUUGGUCUAUCGGCUCUACAGGCCAAUUUUUGCCGCACCAUGUUGGCAUACCAAUUGGUGGCUCCUCGGGCGUCAAGUAUUAUAUGCUCGAAAUACACUAUGAUAAUCCAAAGGCUUUGCGCGCCGUAGAUCAUUCCGGAUUUCGAAUUCACUAUACACCUCAACUACGUGCUAACGAUGGGGGUAUCAUAAUCAGCGGAGUUUCUAUUUCCGACACCCAAAUUAUUCCUCCUGGACAAAAGCUGUACCGUAAUGUUGGUAUUUGUGGACCUUCAUGUUCAAAUGUAUUGUUUCCCGAGGAUGGCAUUAAAAUUAUAUCUGGUACUCUUCAUACGCACCGCGCUGGUCGCAAAAUGAGCCUGCGCCAUAUUCGAGGGGGCAAGGAAUUACAACGCAUCAUUGAAGAUGAUAACUAUGAUUAUAAAUAUCAGCAAUUUCACCAGCUGGCUAACGAGACGGUUGUUCUGCCUGGAGAUUUUCUUAUUACAGACUGCGCCUAUGAUACGACGCACCGUAAAAGGGCCACAUUCGGUGGAUACUCGACUAAACAUGAAAUGUGUUUGUCUUUUAUCACAUAUUAUCCGAAAAUCGAAUUGGCCGGUUGUUACAGCAUGACGCCAGUGCGUGAAUUUUUUGAGAUGUUUGGAGUUAAUCAGUUCUAUUCAUUAAAUAUGACUGACGUGGAAAAUUUAUUUUUAUACAACGGAAAUCUCUUAGAUUACAUGCCAAAUACUGUAUAUGCGAAAACAAAGCCUAACCAAACCAAUAUGAGCGCUGAAGACAUAGUCGUCGAAGGAUCUUUAUUAAACAAACUGCUGAUUUCGGAUCCGGUAGAGUUUCAUGAUCGCACGUUCCUUUCACAUAUAAAUCAGCUACCUUGGUCAGAGCCGUUAUUCACAAAACGGGUGGAGCAUGCUAUGAUAACAGGGAAACAUAUGACUUUUUGUCGUGUUUCCAACGAGUCGAUGUCAAUCCCCUCCGAGAUAAUACGUUAUCCCAACUUCACGUCAUUUGUUAAACCACCCAGCAGUUGCACGUACAACCUUUUAAUCGAUAGCAUUCAAUUAAAUUCAAACGGUUCCAAAUCUUUGGCACAUUUGUCGUUAAGUUUGCUAUUAGCAGGAAUUUGUCUUAAGAAUAUUUAAAAACUAUCCUAAGUAUCAUAACAUGCUUUUUCACUUCUGAGAACAAAAAAUAACUACCAUUAGAAUUAGCACUACCAAAUUGUA